AUGAAACAUGUCCGAUGGAACACCACAUAUUUCAAAGAAGGCCAUAUGCAAGAAAUUGUUCAGGAUAUAGCAGAAAAGGCACAAGGAGUCUUCUUGUGGGUGUUUUUGGUGACAAGGUCGUUACGCGAUGGCCUAACCAACGGCGAUACCAUACUUGACUUUCAAAAACGGCUCAGGGGUCUACCACCAGACCUUGAACGAUUUUUCAAACUCAUGCUGGAUGCAAUCGAUCCUCUCUAUCACGAAAAGAUGGCACGACUCCUGCAAAUUGCCGCCAAUGGCAAACGACCUUUGCAAUUCCUUCUAUACUGUAUGCACGAAUCCGAGUAUGAGGACAAAGACUACGCCCUAAAACACAUUACCAACCCACUUUCGUUUACCGAAGUUGAAACUUUGCAUGAUCAGUGCCAGCGCAGGAUCAACGCGAGGUGUGGAGGACUACUAUUAAUCAGGAAUCGUAGAGUCGAAUUCCUACACCGGACCGUUCGUGACUUUCUCCUUACGCGUGAGAUGAGUGAGUACUUGCCCACCAAGAGCGGGUCGGACUUUUUGGUCAAUCUAUCGACAUUUAGGGGCUAUGUUUGCCUCCUUAAGAGCCACAAAGCCUUCUUGGGCACAGAUACGCUUGCAGAAGCGUUUGAAUACGCGGCGAAUUCACUAGAUGAAUCCCUAGGUUCUAUUAUAGUGCUUCUCAAUGCCAUCGAGGACACCUUCUCGGGUUUUAUCAAUGGCCCUAAUACAGAUUAUUUUGACUUUGGUAAUCUUGAUUCUGACUAUUUUCUUUCCGAGGAAGCAACCUUCCGAAACGACCCGGUCAACUUGCUGAUAUAG